AUGAGGUCGGACAACAACAGCAACAUCACACGAGACACUGGCAAACACAAAAUGGCUUCCAGCCUAGUAAAAUUGCUUGCUGGCAGAAAUGCAGUAUUUGGCAUAAAAGAAACUGUCACAAAGGUUACAGCACUGUCAUUUUUUGCAGUCAAUAGAAAGUAUUCAAAAGAGAGUUCCACUAAGAAUUUUGGUGAACUAGAAGAUCUAGCAAGGUAUCCUGGAGCAGGUGCUGAUUUGAAGUUCACACAGCACUUGGAAUUUGUUGAUCCUCAGCGUUAUGAUGGAAUUCCUGUAUACAGAGUAUCAAGUCCUGAUGGAAGACUAAUAAAUCCAGAUGAAGAUCCAAAGCUCAGUAAAGAAAUCCUCCUGAAAGUAUACCGCAAGAUGGUGUUACUAAAGACUAUGGAUAAAAUCUUGUAUGAAUCACAAAGACAGGGAAGAAUCUCAUUUUACAUGACCUGUUAUGGUGAAGAAGCCACUCACUUUGGAUCCGCUUCUGCCAUAAGUGAUGAUGAUCUUAUAUUUGGUCAAUACAGAGAACAAGGUGUUCUCCUGUGGAGGGGCUUCACAUUAGAUGAUAUUAUGAACCAGUGUUAUGGAAAUGAGCUAGAUGUAGGAAGAGGAAGACAGAUGCCUGUACAUUAUGGCUCAAAGAAACUAAAUUUUGUUACAAUAUCUUCUCCACUAGCAACACAGAUGCCACAAGCUUCUGGAGCAGCAUAUGCUUUCAAAAGAGCUCAAAACAACCGUGUUGUGGUUUGCUUUUUUGGAGAGGGUGCUGCUAGCGAAGGAGAUGCACAUGCAGCCUUCAACUUUGCUGCCACACUUGCUUGUCCUGUCAUAUUUUUUUGCCGUAAUAAUGGGUAUGCAAUCUCAACCCCUGUCAUGGACCAAUAUCGAGGUGAUGGUGUUGCUUGCCGUGGCCCAAGUUAUGGAAUGCCUGCAGUAAGAAUUGAUGGAAAUGACUUUUUUGCUGUCUAUAAUGCAACCAAAAGGGCAAGAGAAAUUGCAGUAAAUGAAAAUAGGCCAGUCAUCAUCGAAGCUAUGACAUAUAGGGUUGGGCAUCAUAGCACAAGUGAUGAUUCUUCAGCAUACAGGUCCAACACUGAAGUUGAAUACUGGCAGAAUGUAGACUCUCCAAUAUCAAGAAUGAGGAACUACUUACAAGCAAAUGACUAUUGGUCUGACAAGGAAGAUGCCCAGUGGAAGAAGAGUGCAAGAUUCCAAGUGCUAGAAGCAUUUAAAAGAGCAGAACAACUAAAAAAGCCUCCAAUUGAUGAAAUGUUUAAUGAUGUGUAUCAAAGUCUGCCAGAAAGAAUCAAACGCCAAAAAGAGGAGUGCUUUGAGCACAUUAAGAAAUAUCCAUCUGAAUAUCCCACUGAUAAAUUUGUCAAAUAAACUCAAGAUAUCUUAACAACUUUAAAAUGACUUAAAGGUUUUAGUGUAGUGACCUUUAGGCCAAGAUGAAAAAGGAUUGGGAAUUAUACCUACCUGUGAACUGCUUCAAUAUGCAGAAAAAAAGCUUGCCACACAUCCAAAUACAAAGUUUGAAAGCACUUUUGUACCUCCAAGGACUAUUCUCUCAAUUCAGGAACAGACAACCUGCGGCCUAUAACCCAUGUAAGCAUUAGCUUUUAAGUAGCAAACAGACCUUAAAAAAAUGCCACAAAGGAGUUGGCCUGAUUUCAUGUUGGCUCAAAUGUCCCUGAACAUGUUGACUCACUAGGAUUCUAAACACCAUAAAGAUAGCCUACAAAUAAAAUAUGUUACCCAUCACUGUCUAACUUCAAUUUUAGAUGGGAUCACAAAUUGGUAAAUGCUUGUUUUUGGUGGCAACAUCUUCUCUUUCAAGCUUCAGAAUUUCAAAUUAUUUGGGUAUCUAUAUUGCCAAAAACUCCUAAAACAUCCUCAAAACUAUUUAUAAAAACCUUUCAAGUGUUAAAAAAAUAGUUGUAGCCAGAAAAGGGGCUUUCAUUAUUGAAGGAGUCAAAAGACAGUAAAAAACCCUAGAAUUGUUUCUCCAUUAACUAGAAAUACAGUGAAGAAUAAUAUAUUCAUUAAUUGUGCUGUAAACAGAAAUUCUUUAGGAAAUUUAGACCCAACAGACAAAACUCUAAUCAUAAUUAGGUUACCAGUACUGUGCUUUUUCUGUCUGUGUGUAUUUUGUGGUGUUUUUAUGAAGUAAAUUGAAAAAAUUAUUAGAUUUACCACUAUUAUUCAUUUGCCUCAAGUCAUUAACUGUAUUUAAGUAUUUAUAGAGAGUCAUUGAAAUUGGGUGUGCUUUGAAUUUCAAUUGUGUUUUUUGCAUUCAUAUCUAGUGGUCAUAGACUUCUAAAUUACCAAAUUAUUUGUGUUGUGCCUUGUCCACUCAAUGAGCCUCAUACUUAACCUGCAUAUCUUUAUAGGAGAAAAUAUACCACAAAUGCUCUUUACUGCAAAGAUGGUGUUGUUUACAUGAACCUUCCAUGAAUACAAAGCACAUUGUUUGGCAUGCAAGUAACAGUGAUGCUUGUGUGUUCUUCACAGGUCUGAAAAAUGCUUUAUAACCUAUGCAACUAACCAAAGGGCUUUUAAAGUUUUGAAAAUUUUGAAAAUUUUUACUUCCAGGGUGGGGGUCAAUUUGAAAGAGAAGCUUUUACAAAUUAUGCAAAAUGUUUUUCAGCACCAAAUAAAAUGAAAGAAUCUUAAUAACCUGCUUAAACAAAUACUUGAUAUUUCCCUUCAUUUGAACUCCUAUCGGGGGUCCUUUGCCCCAUCAACCCCAGCAACUGCUACUGAGUAAAGUCAAGGUGAAUCUGGAUGCUGAUGCUUCUUUACCGUAAAAAUCAUCCAAUUUAUUCCAACAGAGCUGAGGAAUAUCCUUUUUAGAGAAUUUGUCACACAGUUAUUUGGCAUGAUAAAACAACAAUUUUCAAUAAAGGAUUCAACCUUUUCUCUUAAACUAGGACGGAACUGUGACUACUGCAGGAUUCUUCAAAUAAUUAACUGAUAUUUUUACAGAUUUAUUUACAUUGAAUACUUAUCUAUCCAUGGUUCAGAAUCUUAGACACUUGCCAGGUGUUCUUUCAGCUGUUUCAACAAGUCUUUGCCCUCACAAUGCUCCGGGUAGAUUUCCACUGAUUUCUCGACCGAUUUAAAACUGGUCUGUACAUCCCCCAUCUAUUGGACGCACAAAAAAAUAUUUGAGAAACAAAUAAUAUUUGGAUCUGUCAUAUAAUGCAAUGCUGCAAGCAGAGGUAAAUAAGGAAAACAAAUUUAAAGUUUUAUGACUGUUAAACGUUCUUGUGUCUUCUAUUAUUCAACAGUUAUGCCCUUUAAUCAAGCCACUUAUUGGUAUCUGAAUAAAGUUGUGAGCAGUUCCAUUAAACUAGCAACUAGGGUCGGAAAAAAAUCCUAUGAGAAAAGGAUGGUAGCGAGCAGAUAAAUGGCUUUUCAUACCAGCAGACAGUGCAAAUCUGAUGCAAGCACCCUACCUUUUCUGACAAAUGUGCUAAAUUGUAUUGUGGCUCGUACAUUUGAUCUGAGAGCUGGAUCGCUGACUUGAAAAACGACUUUGCCUGAAAACAAUUGACAGUAUAAACUAGCUAGCUAACAAACAAAAAACAGUAAAUAAACAAACAAGCUAAUAAAAAAACAAACAAGGCAGAAUUAACAAUUGUGAAAAUUGUUUUUCAAGCAAUGUACAUCUUCCACCCUUUCCCUUCCUUUGUGUCAGAUAUAUCAUGAAUACGCUAAACAAAGACUUAGAUAAAAAUUAUUCUUUGCAUUCAUGCUUCUUGUUUAUUUGUGUGGGUCUAGGCACUGCUCGUGUAGAGAAAAUGAAUUACCUCUUACAAUUAAGCUCAUUUUAAAAUUGCGUAAAUAGCUUAUAUAAAAUAGAGUAUAUUUAGGGAUUUACCAUUGAUGGGUUUUAACAGCAAAAAAGCUGUUAAUGAUUGACAAGAUGAGCGCCUGGUUUGUAUUGGCGACUGCCCAACAGGUUAUACGUUCAAAAUAGUUGAUACGUUCAAAAUACCUGUGCAAAAUACCCAUGGAAAAGGUACCCUGGGAGAAAAAUAUAAAAAUACCUGUUCUACCUGAUCAGGGCGCCUCUUUCGCAUCUCGAGAACACCAAGAUUAUUAAAUGCUUCAGCGUGGUUAUUAUCAGAUGCCAAAGAAAGCCUUAGGCACUGAUAUGCAAGGCUCAUAUCGCCUAUAUUCUAGAAAACGAAGCGUAGAUUCAUUAUCAACCAGUUAAGCUUUCACUAUAGUUCUAUAGUCUGAAUAGCAUUAAGCGAGCAAAAAUUCUUGUACACAUUUCCCUUAAAACUACAAACAUAUCAUUUACGAGCAUUCUUAGCAUUUACUAAUGGGUGCUUGAUUAACGCAGAAAAUUGCACCUUUCAGGUACACAGAAAAUCAGUAAAAGAAAUGGAGACUGAAUAAUGACGUCAAAGAUACAUACAAUGGCAAUGUGACUGAUAUUAUACCAGAUGUCCGCCAUAUUUUCAUCGGUUGCCAUUGAAAGCGCCCUUUCGAAGCAGCUCAAGGCCAUAUCGUAUUGUUGUGAGAAGAAGCAGCAGAGUCCAAUGUUGUUGAAAAUUUCUGAAUUGUACACACCCAUUUGUAGAAGUCGCCU